AUGAUGCAGCAUUAUGACAGUUGUUCUUUGCCCUCCUCAGGUGGGCGUUGUGCACCGAAGAACCAAGCUCUACCCCCGGAGCCCACCAAACAACAGCCCAACAGCGCUGCCAUCUUCUACGACCCGGAGGCUUCUCUGCAUGGUUCUGCUUCCGGUGACGGUUCCUGCGUCUCCUCUGCCACCCAAAACUCCACCAGUAACUCGGCCUCCAGUUACCUGGAUCGCCGAUUCGUGGGCGAUCAGGCCUUUGCGGGCUCCAAGCUGCUCACCGAU